CGGCCGGCGGGAGCCCCCUUGGUGGAGGCCAGUCGGUCGUAAAGGAUCAUAAAGUGGGGCGGUGCCUGGCAGGGGCGAAGGUCGCCCAGGCAGGGACUGCGCCAGCGGCGGCCGGCUGCCCAGAGGGUCCUGGACACCGAACCAGCACAGACCCUCCUGCGGCUGUCGGCCGCCGAGAUGGGGGCUUGGGCCCUGCUGCUGCCACUGCUGCUCGUGGGCACAGCCCAGGCCCAGGUCUGCUCUGUGAACCAGACCUUCUUUGAAGUCAAGGAGAACACGAAUGUCACCGAGCCCCUGGUGGAUAUCUACGUCCCCGACGACCAGCAGGUGACCCUCGGAUCCUCGUCCACCCUCUUCGCAUUUCGGAUCCAAGGGACCCAGCUGUUUCUCAACGUGACUCCUGAUUAUGAGGAGAACUCACUGCUGCAGGCACUCCUGGAGUGCAAAAGGGGUGACACCGUGGUGACCCAGCUGAGGGUGUUCGUGUCUGUGCUGGACGUCAAUGACAAUGCACCCACGUUCCCCUUUGUGGUCAGGGUGGAGAGGGUACCCGAGAACGCUAAAGUGAACACUACCGUCAUCCCAGAGACGGAACUGCAGGCCGAGGACCUGGACAAAAAUGACAUCUUGUUUUACACCCUCGAGGAAGUGACCCCGGGUGCCAGUGUCUUCUUCUCCUUGGUGGGAGUGAACCUCCCUGCCCUGCAGCUGGACCGGACACUGGACCUUGACAGGUGGCCGAACAUGACCUUCCGGCUGCUGGUGCGGGAUACACGGGAAGAGAACGUGACACCCAGCCACACGGCCACGGCCACCCUGGUCCUGGAGGUGGAGCCCAUCGAUCUGCGGCCCCCCUGGUUCCUGCCCUGCUCCUACACAGACUCUUACGUCUGCAUCGAAGCCCAGUACCAGGGGGCUGUCCCCACCGGCUACCAACUGCUGUCUCCCCUCAUCCUGCAUCCAGGGCCCAUCUACGCUGUGGACGGGGACAGGGCCAUCAACCAGCGUAUCAUCUAUAGCAUUAUAGGGGGACACGAGGACAUAUUCACCAUUGACGCUGACUCGGGCAACCUCACCAUGACCCGGAGCGUCCCCAGCCCCAAGACCUUUCUUAUGUGGGUCAAGGGGGAGCAGGCAGACCAGGCCCGCUACUCGGUGACCCAGGUCACAGUGGAGGCCCUAGACGCUGCUGGGAGCCUGCCCCACUUCCCCGAGAGCCUGUACCGCGGCACCGUGGUGCUGGGCUCAGGAAGCGGCGAGUUCGUCAAGGACGCAGCCACCCCCUCCCAGGCUCUGAGGAUCCAGGCCCAGGACCCCGAGUUCCCAGACCUCAACUCGGCCAUCACGUACCGAAUCACCAACAACUCCGACUUCCGAAUGGAAGGGGAGGCCGUGCUGGUGGCCAACCCACUGACGCAGGCGGGGGUCUUCUACGCAGAGGUCGAGGCCACGAACACAGCGACUGGAGGCACAGCGACCACACUGGUGGAGAUACAGGUGUCAGAACAGGAGCCCACCCCCACCCCCACAGACCCCCCAGGUCCUUCCACAUCCCCAGAGGCUGGAGGAACAGCUGGGCCCUCAAGCAGCACCACUUCAGAAACCCCCAGGCCCUCCGGGCCCUCUCAGGGACCCUCCACGACCAGCGCUGGGGGGGACACUGGCCCACACUCCCCCCCAGGCACAACUCUGAGGCCGCCUGCCUCGACCACGCCUGGGGGGCCCCCCAGUGCGGGAACCAGCACCUCCCCUCCAUCAGCCUCACCCAGCGGGGGCUCAGCACAGACUCAGAAGCCAGGAAUCUCGCAGCCAACAGCCCCUGGGCUCAGCAGGACCCCCCAGCCCUCAGGCACGCCCGGGAUUGGAGGAGGCAGCACCUCCACGGGGGGUGUCGGGCCGGAUGGCAGCCACGCUGGGGACCGGCGCUUCUCGACAGCGGAGAUGGCAGCCGUGGGCGGUGUGCUGGGCGCGCUGCUGCUGCUAGCUCUGAUCGCCCUCACCAUCCUCGGCUACAAGCACUACGGCCACCUAUGCAAGUCCUGUGCUAGCAAAGCUCUGGAGCCCCAGCCCAGUGGCUUUGACAAGGCCUUCCUCAUUCAAGACCGUGAGGCCAACUGGGCGCCGGCCCCCAGCCCCACACCCGGCCCCACCACGGACGAGGCCCCGCCCGAGCCCCCGGAGCCCGCGCCCCCCAGCCCCGUGCCCUCCGCCGGCGUCCCCGAGUCCCCCGCGGCGGCCCAGGACGGGGCCGGCCCCGCGGAGGUGAGGUCCAUUCUGACCAAGGAGCGGCGGCCCGAGGGCGGCUACAAGGCCGUGUGGUUCGGCGAAGACAUUGGCGCCGAGGCCGAUGUGGUGGUCCUCAACGCGCCCACCUCGGAGGCGGACGGCGCGGGCGACUCGGACGGCGAGGGCGGCGGCGAGGAUGAAGGCGCUGGCGCGGGCCCCGGUGCAGGCGCCCCCGACCAGGCGCCCGGCGACUCCACCUACGUCUAGCGCGACCCCCGACCGCCCGCGGGUCUGGACCCCGAGUCACUCGGCCGCUGUCCCCCACUGCACUGAGAAAAAUAAAAUGACACUUUCGGAUC